GUGUGUGUUCACGUCAGGAGCAGGAAGUGUGUGCGUGCCUUUGUGCUUGAGAGAGUGAAUUUGUGUUGGGGAGUCGAACUGUAGUAACAGCAGCACCCGUUUCUUCAUUUUCCUGUGCUUGCAUUGUUAUUUCACCUCGCCUCUGUUUUGCUCUGUGCGAUGGAUGGGUAUUGGGCAUCUGGAGAGCCUCCUGUUUCCGCCUCCUCGUGUUGCUGUACUACCAUGAGCAGUUCCACUCCAUCCACAGCUAAUGGCACUGACAGUAAAAACUAUAAAGGAGACCGAUCUCCCUGUGUCCCCUCCCGUGUCCUCCACGUCCGCAAAGUUCCCAUCGAAGUGUCUGAAGCAGAGGUCGUCUCACUAGGAGUCCCUUUUGGCAAAGUCACCAACCUGUUGAUGCUUAAAGGGAAAAACCAAGCUUUUAUAGAAAUGGCUUCUGAAGAAGCAGCCAUCACCAUGGUCAACUACUACACCACAGCCACACCCCAUGUCCGCAACCAGCCCGUCUACAUCCAGUAUUCCAACCACCGUGAGCUCAAGACUGAUAAUCUGCCCAAUCAGGGGAGGGCUCAGGCUGCUCUGCAAGCUGUCAAUGCAGUGCAUUCUGGGAAUAUGAGUCUCUCUGGGACUGCGACAGCCAGUGAUGGCGGAAUGAUGCCUGGACAAAGUCCUGUGCUUCGCAUCAUCGUAGAGAAUCUCUACUACCCAGUGUCUCUAGAAGUGCUACACCAGAUCUUCUCAAAAUUUGGAACAGUCCUGAAGAUCAUUACCUUCACCAAGAACAACCAGUUCCAGGCCUUGCUACAAUAUGCAGAUCCAAUGAACGCACAUCAUGCCAAAAUGGCUUUGGAUGGGCAGAACAUCUACAAUGGCUGCUGCACUCUGCGUGUUGAAUUCUCCAAGCUGACCAGUCUGAAUGUGAAAUAUAACAACGACAAAAGCAGGGACUUCACACGUCUAGACCUUCCCUCCGGGGACGGGCAGCCUACAAUGGACCCCACCAUGCAGACUGCUUUUGGGGCUCCUGGGAUCAUUUCCUCUCCAUACCCCGGGGCGGCUGGUUUCGCCCCCGCUAUCGGUUUUCCUCAGGCAGUCUGGUCAGGUCUGUCUAUGCAGGCGAUGCCUGGUGCUCUGGGACCUCUCACCAUCCCUUCAUCAGCAAUGACAGGACGGAUGACCAUCCACGGCAUGACCCCCACUACCAUCCACUCCGUGCUCCUCGUCUCCAACCUCAACCCCGACAGUAUAUCACCACACGAACUCUUCAUUUUAUUCGGAGUCUACGGAGAUGUUCACAGAGUCAAGAUUCUGUUCAACAAGAAAGAGAAUGCCCUAAUACAGAUGGCAGAUGCCACGCAAGCCCAGCUCGCGAUGAGCCAUUUGAACGGUCAGCGUCUGUAUGGUAAGGUGAUCCGUGUGACCAUCUCAAAGCACCAGACGGUGCAGCUCCCCAGGGAGGGUCAGGAGGACCAGGGCCUGACCAAAGACUUCAGUGGGAGCCCGUUGCACCGCUUCAAAAAGCCCGGCUCCAAGAACUUCCAGAACAUCUUCCCCCCCUCCGCCACCCUGCACCUCUCAAAUAUCCCUCCCUCCACCACAGAUGAUUUUCUGAAAGACCUGUUUGCCAGUUCUGGAUACACAGUCAAGGCCUUCAAGUUUUUCCAAAAGGACCGCAAGAUGGCGCUGAUCCAGCUGGGUUCGGUGGAAGAAGCCAUUCAGGCUCUUAUCGUCCUCCACAACCACGACCUGGGAGAGAACCACCAUUUGCGAGUGUCCUUCUCCAAAUCCACCAUUUAGCAUCCCCUUCACUACAAAUGCACCCUUUCCCCAUCCUCCCCGUUCCAGCCCUUCUACCUUCAGCAGUCUGACUGUUUCAUUCAGAGAAAAAGACUGACUGACAAACUCAAAAAAAAAAAAAAAAAUUACAGAUAUUCAUGGGGUAGUUUUAGAAAUUUUCCCAAAAAACAAAAAAAACAAAAACAAAAAAAAACAAGCAAAUAAGAGACUACUGCAGAACCUUUAGACAGUCUGAGAGUGUGUUUUACUCUCACGACACCAGGGCUGGAGACACAUGGGAUAUCCAUGACAAUGUGACGUUUCUGGGAACUUCCGUGUCGAGGAAGUAGGACUCCCUCUAUGGUCUAUUGGUGAGGACUUUGUUGAUGUGAAACGCAAACUAACAUGAGGUGAACAUUCUCAAAAAAAAAGUCAAUGCUGAGGAAGUUUCUUCACCGCACACUUGCCGAUUACAUUGGAGACUGACACUCCUGUAGCCCAAUGGCCUUGUUACCCCAGACCCCAGUGAGGGCGGAGUCUCUUCUGUGCCUCCCCCAAAACCCACACCUUCAUUCUCAUUUGCUGUUUUAAUGGAGAGCCCCAUUUCCUGUGGGAUGUUUUGGACGCACGGUCACCGUCGUUGAAUGUCGCUGACAUCAUCAUUAAGGUGCUGCUGGAAAAAAAAAAAAUCUGUAGCGAUGGCCUCAAACAAUAGGCUUGUGCUUUUCUUCUGAGUAGCAUUAAAAUAAGACUGCUAUGGAUUCAAGAAUGGGUGCAUUUAAAAUUCAAUUGCAGCUGUUUCGGCUUACAAACCUUUUGUUUCUCGGCACUUUGAUUGAUUUGAAUUGAAGACAGGCACCGUGGGGAAUGUUUGGCAUCCUCAUAUCUGUUUACUGUGCAAAGAUGUAUAGCCAGAUGGUAGGCAUCUGUGAAUAGAUAGUGAAUGGCGUGAUGUUUUUUUUUUUUUCUUGUAUAAUGGAAAUUUUUUAUUGGACAGACCAGCCUUUCGUGGGCUCUCUGCACCUGCAAAGCUGUCAGAGAACAUCUGCGUGCAAUGGCGCACAAUGUCGUUGUCCAGUCGAUCGGGUUCCUCUGAACCGGGGCGACUGUUUUCAAACAUGCACGAUCAUUCCGGAACACUUACGGCCAGCUGUCAACCCUACUGGAACGCUCCAAUCAGCAACGCCCAGCCUGAUAGGAGGCUCCGCCUCCUCCUAAGUGAAAUUCUCAAUGUGAAUGGUAUAGCCCGUGAUCUCGAUGGGAAAUUGACGAUUUCCUCCAUUCUGUUCCCCUUCUUGCUCUUAGUUGAGUCUUUUCUUUUCGUUCUACUUAUUUUCUAUCUUUCCACACAGGGGCAGAAGGUUCUAUCCUCUGUUCUUUCACUCCUCGGCUCUGUCCACAGGUGUGAGAGUUUGCAGCAAUGGGCACUGUAGAAACCGUAGUGAAGCCCAUUUAGUCACAGCAAAAAAAGAGGGCGGCACUCUCUUUUGCCUUGCAGUCCCUUACUAAAUGCCUCUGCAUCUGAGCAAACCAAAUAUUAACGGAUUGAGUGAGUCGAAUGACACGGAGAUACCACCUAGUUCCCAAAACCUAGUGAGCUGCUACUUAGGCAGCUGCCUUCUAAGGCAGUAUCCUAAUCGCCAUCAAAGCCCACAAGUGACUGAUCUGUAAUGCUCUAGAACUGACUAAUAGCACAGAGGUCCACAGGAUAAUCGGCUCCAAUAGAGUCCAGACCAGAGGUUUUCUUCUAGAGGUGGAGAUUGGAGAAGGUAAACUCUGAGUCUGUAUCAUUGAAAAAAACUGUCAAUGUGAGUCUUGUAAGCCAAUAAUACAAAGACCCUGAUAUCAUGGAAAUACUCACUCCAAAACUGGCAUCUCCUCCAGGAGGAGGCAUUCUGAUUUUAGUAGAGUUAGAUGUUAGCAUGUUGUUAAGGUAACUCCAAUUGUAGAAAUACAUUGCACACGCCAAUAUUGGCUUUCCUUGAGCUCAUUACAGUGAUAGAGUUCGAGGUUAGCAUGUUGCUAAGCUAAUAAUGCGGUAGUCUAACACUGUGUCUAAACUGGACACAAAGUGAACCCAUUAUAAUUGGUUAUACAGUCUAUGCUGGAUGCAGUGUGACACAACACAGACAGUAAACAGAUGCCUGUUCUGUUUCUAAGGCACUCCAUGUGCUUGUGCUACUUCUGACAACUUUCGCUUUGAUGUUCGUUGUAGAAAACCUCAUGCUGUAAUAAAUGUAAAAAUUCAUAGCGCAUACUUAAUAUUUGCUUGUGCUAUGUAUUGCAUAGACUGUCUCAACAUUAGCUUAGCAACAUGCUAAUAGCAAACUCACUUUAGUGGAAUCAGUUGAUUCAUAUAAUUGAUUAAUUUUAGUGUUUUUAGCCUGAUUCAAACUCUAGUUAAAUUAAUCAGUUUUUAAUUAAACAAUAUUAUAGAUUUUUUCAGUAUUGAAAGAAUUCAAAGUAUAUUCAUAAUCUUAAUCAUAAUCGACAUUUGUGUUGAUUCGCCCUCCAUUAUGAAUUUGAAGGAGCUUAUCAGAGUACAUUCUGGGAUUGCCUUAUCCACAAAAGAUACAUGCAAUGCUGCCUUAGAGUUUGGCCAAAAUUAGAUAUCUUAGAAGGCUGGAACAGCCUUUGUGUCGGGAUCGCGCCUGUGAUGCCUUAAAAUGUUGUCUAAGUAAGCAGCUUACUAGGUUUUGGAACAUGGCAAUGGUGAGCACAUACAGAAGCUGAUCCUGUACAUGUAUGUGAUUAACCGGCUGUAUCAGGACGCUCUAGGAUAUAUGAUGUCUCCCUUGUGCGUACGAGCGAGGUGCUGUCUCAUUUACUGAAAAUCUGGCCUUAACAUUCCAAGGAGGGUCACCGUAGACCCAUUGAGUAGCAUCUAAAGGGAGCAGCUUCUGUGCCUGUGCGCUAUAUCCUCUGUCGAAGUUCGUUUGAAUCACAGUUAUGAAACAAAUCAACAAUCUUCAUGUUCAUGCAAGGCAAGGGACAGUGACUUUUUUUGUCUUUGACUGAUUUCACCUGAAGCGAUUCGAAACUUCGCUUUCACUUCUCAAAAGAAAUUGAAUUUUGUUGAAGUUUACAGUCUUAAAGCAAAACUAUUCAGGUCUAUAUAUCUUAAGGAUUGUCAAGAUUUUUUGAGAAAAAAAAAAAGUUACUUAUUUUUGGUAAUUUGUUCUUUUUUAUGGAAGAGAAAAAAAAAUCAAAUUUGAAACCUCAUCGGGUUUUUGUACCACUAUAAUCAUUCAAGAAAUCAUGGUGAAAAAAAAAAAAAUCAUAUUUACUGUGUAUUUACCUAAUUUCUUAUUACGUGCCUUAUUAUGUGUUCAUAAUCAAAUAGGUUUUAGAAAUUUUACCUGAAAUAUCUUAUGUACUAUUUUGUGGGAUUGGUGAGAGGGUUGAUUUAUUUUGAUCUUGAUUUUUCUUUCAUUUUUUUGUUGUGUAGCUCUUAUAGAUGUGCAUUUUGUGGGGACUCAGUACCAUGUGGUCUUAAUAUGAUAUGAGAUGUAAGUUAUGAUGUAUGGUGCUGUGAAUGCUCUUAUUAGACAAAUGAACGGUGAACUCAACAAUGUUCAGAGCGUGCUGUGGGUCUCUAUUCUCCCUUGCAGAUGUGUACAUAUGUGUGCUAGACCAGCGUACCAUUGUUACAAACAGCCUUUCUAGGCCAAGUCCCUCCAUCUCUGAUAUAAAUAUUUCACAAUCAGAAACCAAAGUUGCUGUAAAAUUGCAUAUUGUUCUGAUUAAAUAGUAUACAUUUCUGAGCACAUCUGUAAAGUUUUUUUUUCUUUUCUAAGUGAUCACACACCUGGCGAACGACAAAAACGGGUGACUUGCAUUGAUGGAGGCACCCAUUGGAGUUGGGCUCAUUUUUUUUUUUUUUUUUUUUUUUACUUUGGGCCAGUAAGUAACCACAUCAGGACACCAUAGCAAUGCAUUAAAACCACUCCGAACAUCUUUGCAACCAUAUAGCAACACUCUAAUGUGAUGUUGGCGAGUUUUUCAGUGAAAACCCGUGGACUAUGAGGCUCGAUGUCCUCUUCUAAUAUGAUUACGAUCCGUGUAAAUUUGCCUCACGGAGACCCAGAAGCCCACAGCAUUCCCUCUGAGUGUUCAGGUCUGCCUUCCGUUUUGCUAUGGAGUGAUGCUGAUGUCUGAGACCUCCACCUGUGUGUGUGUGUGUUUUGGAGUAUCUUAUUUACUGUACCUUAUAAUUGAUUCAUUUUAGGGGUUUUGGCCUGUUUCGUUCUUGCUCUGUUGUGAUACUUUUUGUUCUUUUUUGGGGGUUUGUUGAUUUUCUUUAUUAAGAGUGUGAAAACUGGUUCAAGAUUGUUGUCUGUCACUCUGCCUCUUCACAACAGCAGUUCUGGGUCCGUAACGUCCACUGAUGUGUGCGAGCGGGAGCGAUCGCUAGAGGUCGGGUCCGUCGGAAGCGUUCGGAAGGUGAAAAAAAUAUAUAGCGGCCGUGUAGCGGAGCGUCGAUCUGCUCCCGGCCGCGAUGCUUUUUAUUUAUCAACAGGAGAAAAGCCAGACUCCAUAAACGUGUCACAGAAGUCAUUCGAUUUUGUUUCUCAAAGCAAAAUGUUUCCAACCACGUCUUGACUCAGGCAACAACGUUCCGCUGUGUUGUAAGACAUUUUCUCGUCGAUAUCCGCGCUCAUUCGAACAGUUCCACACGUGUAUGGUUUUUUCCAGGUUUUUUACUGAAAAAGUCACAAAUAAUGCAGGACCAAAGUUUAUGUGCCUUUCAUCUAGCUUAUUUGUAACUUAUUUCCUGGCUGUAUAUCAGAAACCGACAAACUUCUUGUAUUUUCCACUCUCGAUCAUGUUACGAGUCUGUUUUCCACGUGUCUCGCAGUCUGUUCUCGGUUUGUUUCCCUCAGAAAGGUCAAGCCAUAUCCUUUCCCCCCCUCGAACUAGACUCAUUUACGAUUGUGAAUGUGUUACCGGGCCCUUACGACUUCAUUCGAACAGCCUUAUGCUUUCAGUAUUUCAUGAAUAGCUCCGGAUAGUCGCCACCAUCUGGAUAAGCGGUUACACUUUUUGUCUUAUUUCGUCAUCAGUUCCAUUAAAAAGCUUUACUCUAAAACGUACGAGACCAUAAAGAUAAACCAACCACUGAAACCAAAGGACUUGAUUGAAUUGGAAAUGAUGCAGCACUGUUCAGACUGAGAUAUUUUAUUGCUUUAUUACGAUGCAAUUGACCCUUACAAUCUCAACUUCAAAUUUCAGCCAUAAUGCUUUCUAUUUUCUUCUCGAGACUAAAUUUAUGGGCUACGAAUAUGCUAAUUGACCUGUAUAAUUUGCAUAAAAGGGAGGGGCUAGACUAAAUUAGCUAACUGAGGUGUCGCUCAAGCACAGCGCACAUACAGAAGUGCCUGAGUUGAUCUCAGGAUGCUUUGAAAUACAUAAUUUAUAGUUUUUAUGAAUGUUUCACUACCAAAAGGAAACAAAUGCUGUACAUAUGUGUUCCCUAAUUUUAUUUUAUUGUUUUUUUUUUUUUUUAACCUGGCCAAAAAAAAAAAAGAAAAAAGAAGAAAAAAAAAAAGGUUUUAGGGAACAAGAUACAAACACAACAAUAUGAACUGGUUUUUAUAUUUAUGGAAAUUAACAUUAAAAACACAAUUUGUCUUCUGUAUUUUGAUAUCAUACCAGUAACAGCUUUCAUUUGUAAAGCAGUUUAUGUGACUUGUGGGAAUUGGGGAGAGACAUGAGCGUAUCCAGUUUAUGAGUUUGAUGUAAUAAAUGCAAAUAGAAGAUAAACUAUUAAAGAAACAUAUUUUCUAA